UUAACCCCGAUCUUUUGUUGCACCAUUGAAAACUAACUUAGGGUUAGCUAACCCGACAGUUUUUUUAUUUUAAGCAGGCAACAUUAUUACUUUUUCAAUCCGUUCUAUAAACCAGCCAAAUAUUAAAGAACGAAUGAUGAAUGGAAAUGUAUGUCUAUCUCUUUUACGCCACAACAUGGGGCGUAAUACUAUCUUUCUUUAAAGCAACACGGCAUGAUAUUUCGUCUAGGCGUAUUAUAUUUGUGUCAUGAGAUGCCGCUGCUGUGUACUGUUUACUUUACUGUUUUGUUUUUAUCAGCUCUGAUGACGAACGGUUGCACUCCUGCCUGUUUUCACAGUUUGUGUCUUGAAAGAAGAGCGUAAAAUGGACAACGAUAAAAAGCCACGUGUGCGUGCUCCGAACUUCACAAAAAGUGAUUUUCUACUUUUGUGUAGUACGGUGGAAAAACAUAAACAAGUAAUUGAAAAUAAGAAAACGGACGGAGCACAACUCCUUCUUAAACAAAAGGCUUGGCAAGAGGUCAUGAGGGAAUACAAUUCUUCCACGACCGGUUCUAGUCGAACGUUAGAAAGCCUUCAGCAAACGUAUAAAAACCUGAAGAAAAAGGCAAAAAAGACUGCCUCUGACAAGAAGAUGGGUAUUCCAGUGGAUAGCGCCACUUUGGUGCUAAACCUUGAAGAGUAUGGUAGUGACUGGGGCAAAGUUGCUGCAAAUACAGGUGCUAGCGAAACUUCGUGUUCGCAGCAUUAAAGAAAGAAGCAAGAAAAAGUGAUACAAAUUUGAAAAGAAAUAUUAUGGGUACAGGUAGGUAUGUUGUGGAAUCAAGUCAGAAAAAAGGAGCCUCACUGACUUUCAUUUCUGGAGUAGGUACUAAUGAUGUCACAGCUCAUUUCAUCACAAGCUGCCUUGAAAACUAUUUUAUUAUUAAUCUCUUUAUUUCUUUUAAGUCUAUUAAUAUUAUUAUUUGGAUACAUAUUGAACAACACAGAAUGAAAGGGCUUACAAUAAAUUGUCUCUCAAUAAAUGACCAAUUACAAAUAUUUUAUUAUCAUUAUUAAUGUGUGAUUAU